AUGGGUGACUUAAUCAAGGUUGCUGUGGACGGAUCGAGAACUCUGAAAACUCCCCAGGAGCUCGAGCGGGCUUUCGGAGGUUCGGAAGGAGCGAAGCUGGCGAAGAGGGUAUACGAUGCUGCUCCGGAUGAAUGGAAGCAGUUGCUCAUGGCGCCUGUCACAGCGCGCACGGUGCUAACGGCUUCUAAGUUCGUACUAAAGGCGGGGACGAGCUACGGGGUCUGGAGGAUUGAGAGUGUGGAAGGCGAAACCCUAGUUUGCCGUGCCAUCAAGUGUUUCAGGGGGGCCUUGGAGGAGGCUGAGGAGAGGUUGCGCAAUUUUCUGCCGCACGAGGUGGUGCCUGCAGUGGUCAGGGAUGGUCGGUUCCUUGGCCCGGCGGGUGCCCCCAGGGCAAGACUGCUGUGCUCCCCCAUCUGGGUGGGUGAUCGACCGGCGCAGCUAAGACAACUAAAGGAAGGUUUUAAGCGGUUUGGCGGAAAACCGAAGCAGCAGACCACAUGGGAGGAGUCUCUCGGCCGGACGAUUGCCUGGACUAUUUUUGGCGUGGUGCUUCUGCUGCUAGUCCUCGUCUGCUGCUCCCUUGCCAUUCAAGUCCCUGGCAACUCCUUCACCGUCGAUCUGAAUCCCAACGCUUUUGUUGAACCUCUGAGUGAACGCUUCAAAACCACAGCUGACUUGCAAUCAGACAAAGCCGGUUCUGCAACUGAAGUGACAAAAAUGGCUACUUUCCCUGACGUGGUGGUGGUGGGAGGCGGCCUCGCGGGCCUGUCUGCGGCCGUGGAAGUCGUCAAGCGAGGUGGAUCCGUCCUCGUCCUCGAGAAGAGCGAGCGGCUCGGCGGUAACUCUGGCAAGGCGAGCUCUGGAAUGAACGCCGCUCGCAGCGGGCCCCAGCUGGCCAGUGGCAUCGAGGACAAGCUGGAGGAUUUUGCCAAGGACACCCAGAAGUCCGGCAAGGGCCUGUCGGACAUGGCGUUGGUGGACGUGAUCGUGAAGCAGAGCGCGGACGCCGUUGCGUUCCUCGAGGGCUUCCAGAUCGACCUUUCCAGCAUCGCACAGCUCGGCGGCCACUCGCAUCCGCGCACGCACAGAUCCAAGCCCGACGGCAAGCCCAUGAACAUUGGUUUCCGCAUCAUGUCCGUGCUCAUCAAAUACGUCGAGGCUCUCCCUGCUGACAAGGCCAAGGUGGUGAAGCAGGCCCGGGUGACCGCGCUUCUCACAGACGACAGCGGCGCCGUCACCGGCGUGAAGUACGAGACCCCCGCGGCUGACGGCUCUGGCGGCAAGGAGGAGACGGAGGUGAAGGCGUCCGCGGUCAUCCUCGCAACAGGCGGCUAUUCGGCAGACAAGGCCGAGGGAGGUCUGCUCGACCAGCACACGCCCAAGCUGCGCAACCUGGCGACCACCAACGGUCCCUUCGCGACGGGGGACGGCGUGCGACUGGGAUUGGCGGCGGGCGCGGGGCUGAUCCACAUGGACCAGGUGCAGCUGCACCCGACGGGGUACGUGGACCCCAAGGACCCGCGCAACCCCGUCAAGUUCCUCGCGCCCGAAGCCCUGCGCGGAUGCGGCGGGAUUCUUCUGAAUGAGAAGGGCGACCGAUUCGUCAACGAGCUCACCACGAGAGAUGCGGUCGUGGAGGCCAUUCUGAAGUACUGCGGGCCGCUGCCCGAGGUGCCAGACGCGCCAGCAGGGGGCGCGGACAUGCCGGCGGUGUCGUACCUGAUUCUGAACCAGGAGGCCAUCAACAAGUUCGACCCUCUCUCGUGCCAGUUCUACAUUGGCAAGGGGCUCAUUCGCAAGUUUGACAGUGUGGAGGCACUGAGCGAGGGCACCAAGCUGCCAGCAGCCAACGUGAAGGCUGCUCUGGACUCGUAUGGCCACCACGACGCAGAGAAGGGUGACCCCUUUGGCAAGACCGUCUUCCCUGUGCUCUUCAACGCCUCGGAGCCCCCGCUCUAUGUGGCCAUCAUCACGCCGUCGCUGCACUACUGCAUGGGAGGGCUCAAGUUUGACACUAACGGCCGCAUUCUCAAGGAGGAUGGCGCGCCCAUUCCCGGCCUCUUCGGCGCCGGCGAAGUGACAGGUGGGCUGCAUGGAGCAAACCGUCUGGGUGGUAACUCCCUGCUUGAGUGUGUGGUGUAUGGCCGCGUGGCUGGCAUUAGCGCCUUUGACCGCAUUGGUAAAUCUGCUGUUUAG